GCAGGUUCAAAAUUAUGCGGCGAGCUCGGAUUCAGAUUAAACCAAACAUUUCAAAAGCAGCAAAACAAGAACCACCUCCAGAACCGGCUCCAGUGGUGGAGGAAACUCUUCCACAGGCACCUGUCGUAGCUGAACCGAGGAUUUUGGAGAAUGUUGAGACGAUGACGAAUCAAGUGUCGCUGACAGUUGCUUCGGAAUCAAUGAAAUCUCUUCAUGUGGAUACGUCGAAAAAUCAUCAUGUGCAUUUUACUGAUGACGUCAUUGAUAAUGAGCAGAAUAGGAUUCAAGAAACUCCGGAUAUCGUAAUGAUCUCUCCCACUUCUCAACAAAAUGCACAAUUUGCAUCUCCAAAUCCGCCAGCUCGUCUAACUCCACGAUCUCGUAACGUGUCAAUGUGUGAAGAUGAAGCGAUCCUUCAGCCAAAGCAACCACGAGAUAAAAAACGAUUCUCAGGAAGAGAGGAGCUGGAUACAAAAACAUGGAAAAUGUCUGAUCUGACACGUUGGAAUCCAAAAAAUGAGAUGACUCGUUUCAAACGAGAACGACGUUCUUCAACAAGUUCAUCAGUUAUCACUAAAUCAGAGAUCGGGGAUUUAGAUGCUCCACCAGCGCCAAGAAUUAAUGCUCCACAAGUGAAAAUUGGUGCUGAUGGAAGAUUAGUUAUUGAUGAGACUAGUUUGGUUGUACAUUCCGCCCAAAUCAAUCAUGAAUCUGUUUGGGAAACUGUCGAAGAGGGGCGAAUGGGUGCCAAAAUCACAUCCAUGUCAUUCCGAAAACGGGGCUUUGGAAAAUCGAGUUUUUGGUCAGAAAAGGAAACUGAUUUAUUUUAUGAAGUAUUACAAUGCACUGGGCAAGAUUUUGGUUUGAUGAGUCAUUACCUCCCGAAAAGAACUCGUCCAGAGCUUAAAGCAAAAUAUAAUCGAGAAGAGAAGAUUAAUUGGGCAAGAGUUCUUAAUGCAAUCAGUCAUCCUGUACGAUUAGAUGGAAAUCUUGAAGUUCGAAUAUCCAAACUUAUGACUGAAAUGGAAGAAGAAGCUCAAGAAAAGAAAGCGAAAGGGGAAUACGAGAAAGCUGAGGAAAAACGUAUUCGUGAACAGAAUCGACUUCAAAAAGCCACCGAACGGAAUCAGGCAAAAGAAUUGGUGAAACAGGCAAAGGAAUUAGAAAGAGAUGCUCGAAAUGCCGCGAAAUUAAAUAUGAAAGCUGAUAAAGAAGCAAGAGCUCAAGAGAAAUCAGAAACAAGGCAAUUAGAGAAGACUGCAUUGAAAGAGGCAAGAUUAAUGGCUACAGAAGCAAAACGAAUUGCCAUGGAAGCAAGAGCUAUUAUUAAAGAAUCGAGAAAGUUGGAAAAAUCGAAGAAAGCUGAUUCCGUACAGUCUGAUUCGCACAAUUUGGAACGUGAAGCCGAACGAAUAAUUCGGCGUCUCUUGCAAGAAUCUCAACGUGAAGACCGUCGUACAGCUCAUUUUAAUAAGAAUGACAAGCCAGCAGCUCCCAAAUCAACAGAAGAAGCAACAACAUCUGAAGUAUCUGCUCCGACGAAGUCCCCUGCUCCAGUGGUGGUAACAAUUGAUGCAUCUGAAGGUGAACUAGGUGAUACAUCAACUGAUGCUGCGGAUUCAUCAUCAGCAUCUAGUAGUGAUGAUGAUGCAUUGAGGAAGGAUGCAGCGAGGCGAGAGAAACAACGAAUGAAGGAAGCAAGAAGAAAUUUGAAACCAAGAAAGACUGUUGCUGAUAAGAAGCCUGUUUAUGUCGAUACUACUGAUCCAAAAUAUGCGCAACAAAAGGUUUCUCGUGCUGUCGAGAUGGUACUGAAGGCCAAUGGAAAUAUGUUUGAUAGUGCCGGCGAACAAGAUGAUGAUUUCCCCGAUCCAGACGAAAUGGAAACUUCAGCUGAACCUGUCGUUGUUGAAGAAGUAGCUCCAGAUCCAACUCCACCACCACCUGAGAACAUGGAAGAGAAUGUGGUAGAAGAAUCCGUUCCUCAAUCAGUUAUCGAUGUAGUUGAAGAAAUUAUGAGAGGCAGAAGCAAGACACCAGUUGAAACGGCAGUGAAGCCUUUAGAAAAUACGGAAGAAAGUAAAACCGAUGGAGAGGAUAGAAAGAAAAGGAGUGCUGAUGUGGAUUCUGGCGGACCCUCUCCAAAAGUUGCUAGGCUAGAAGGGGUUGAUGUUCCCGUUGAAGAUUCCACCGAAGUAGCCACCUCGUCUACGGUUACUUCUUCCUCAGCUCCAAGUUCGUCUUCUUCAACAACUGUAGCCCCAGCCAUCAAGCCAUCAACUGCUCCAAAACCUGCAAUUGCUUCUGCACGGAGAACUGUAAAGAAACCAAAUACCUGGAGCAAGAAGAAAUAAAUGAAUUCUGUGAAUUUUAGUUCCCCAAACGUUUUUCUAGCCGCCUACCCCGUUAUUUUACGACUGUCAAAUCUCCAUUUUCUAGUAUCGAUUGGUUUUUACGGGUUCUCGAACCGAGAACAAUAAUCUAUUGAUGAACUUUAAUUACCUUUUAUGUCUGUUGACCAGUAGAUGCCUCGCUUUUUCUUUUUCUUUAUUUUUUUUCGGAUUAAAUCUGUUCUAAAUACACCUCUGCAUUAGUCUUAAUAAAGUAGUCCCAAAUUU